UUAGCCUCUAAAUUUUUAAACUUUUUACGAGUCUGAAAUAAUUAUUAACAGCUGGGGCUCUCUAUGACUGUUACUAUGUUAUAUAGCAGUGCAACAUACGUACUCGCCUCAGUUCAACAGGUGUAACCGAAGAAGUUCUUCCCUUGGUUACGGAAACAUGCACUUAAUGUACAGAGUUUGCCAUGUUCUAUGACUAUGAGACUUACAGACACAUCUCCAAAAUGUCCAAAUCUUGGUGUGAAUUUUAUUCAACACUGUACUAAACUUUCUGGAAAACAUAAGAUAUAUGAAUUACGCACAUACACAUCACAUCCAAAAGAUUUUAAGGAGUUCUUGAAGUUGACCGAAGAAAAUUUUCAUCUGCGUACUAAGCAUUCAAAAUUAAUUGGUUAUUGGACGUCAGAAAUUGGUGGAUUAAAUGAAGUUGUUCACAUUUGGGAAUACGAUAGCUAUAUACAUCGUACGAGUGUCCGACAAAACUUAGCAUCUGAUCCAGAAUGGUUGUCGGCAUACAUAAGUAAAGCUGCUCCAGCCUGGAUGAAGCAAGAUAAUGUAUCGAUGAGCCUUUUCCCAUGGAGUCAGAUUAACACUCCCCACAAAAUGGGUGUGUAUGAGCUACAGGAGUUUAACAUGAUUGGAUAUAUUAAAGACUGGGAGGAACCUCUCAAAGUAUUCGUAGAUUUGAGUGUUGACUGUUUUCAAAAUGCCAGUUCUUCUCUCAUUGGGGCAUGGGAAGUUCAGUUUGGUCCUCAGAAUACUGUUUUCGUAUUAUGGCAACAUCAGAGUUUUGACAAAAUGAAGGAAGGAAAAAAAUUACUUUUACAGGAGACGAAUGAACAGAUUUUGAGGUCAUUCUACACACUUGUUGGGAGUGCUCAUUGUAAGGCUCUUCUCUCACAUAAAGUUUCCCCACUUCAAUAGAAAAUACUGAAUGAAGACUUUGAUAUUAUCCUUGAAAAGAACGCUGUCAAAACCAAAAUGGAAUUCUAGUAUACCUGGAACAAAAACGGAGAGAUGAUGAUGAAGAUGUGAGCUCAGCUGCUAACCACAUAUAUAUGCUUCACUUAAAGAUUAUCAUUGCACUGAAUUUUAUAGACACUAACUCGGCUGCUUUAAAAAUACAUUAUUUAACCUUAAGAAUUCUCAACAAAAAGUUUGGACACCAAGACAUGAACUUUAAAUAAAGAACUUUAAAGACAUUCUUUAAUUGACAAUUAUCAUCAAGGGUGUUACUGUUUAGACAUCAAGACAUAAACUCAGUUCUUCAUACUGACUAUUAUCACCAAGAAUCUUUGAACAUCAAGAUAUGAUACAUACUUAUACUGUCCCUUCUUCUGUGUGACUUAUUGCACUUGCAACAGAAGGUUACAUAUAGUUCCAAUAUGAUACACAUCUACUCUCACACAAAAGCUUUUCUCGAUCUUCUUCUGCCCUCUAAUACAUUUAAAAAAAAUUUUCUUGCUUAGUCACUAGCCUUUAUACCCCUCAGUUCAAGCUGCUUAUUUAACAUGUAUAGUGCAUGCGACAGCCCUCCACCAAUAGGAGCAUGACACACACACUUCCAGAGCAGCUGGCUCCCUCUGUAUUACAUUUCGUGUACUUCAAUUUCUUGAUUGACAUUAUAUGAGUUGGACAUGUUUCUCACUUAAUUUCAGUUUUCAGUACUGUGUUACACUUGCUUUUUUUUAAUGUGUGUGUGUUCAUUCUAUCUUGCAUUAUGUCGUGAUACAGAUUUUGAUUUUGUGUUUUAUACACGUUAUUGUGUUUUCAAAAUUUGAUGUUUCUUGUGGUUCCCAACAUGGUUACAGUUUUUUCUGGGAGCACAUUUACUUUUCUUAUCCAGGUCUUGGGAUCAACAUUGUCUGUUGAGGGGGUACAUGCCUUAGUUUAUAGAGUGUUCACUUCUUCCAUGUGGUCUGAACCUUGUUCAUCAUGAUGGUCAAAGUGUAUUUCAACUUUUCUGUAUGUUUGAGAUGCAAUUGAUUUCACUUAGUUUUAUUUUUUUUUAUCCAGUUACCAUGGAGGUUUAUUCUAUUCUCCUCCUAUUACUUCCAGCUUCCCCAGUGACUUGAUGGUAAGUAUUUCGACUUGUAUACUACAAACCGGGUUGCUAUACCCAUGGUUGGCUUUGUCAUUAUUUCCACACUUGUGCAUUAAGCAUUUCAUAUAAUUCAGUGUUAUGAAUUUGGUAAGUUGGAUAUUUCUAUGUACUUUGUUGUCUAUGUCGAUUUUUGAUGCAUUGUUGGUUAGAUUUUACUUGGUACUUUGUUUUCUUGGUAUAUUUAGGCAGUUUGUAAGUUCCAUAUAAUUAAUUCCUUUGUUGAAUAGAUACAUUUUGAUGGUAUUUCAGUUUGUUAUUAAUAAAUACUUUGUUCAAUAGGUAUGUUUAGCUGGUUUAUAAGUGAAAUGUCAUUAAUACUAACUUAUGGUUAUCUUUGAAUCAUUAUUUUUUAAUCAUUGUUAAAUAUAUGACUUAUAAUCCUUAUCUUAGUAAGUUUCUGAGGUUUUUUUUGUUUUGUUUUUCAUUGUUACAUCACCGACAUGUUUGUUUAUUUACGUGUCAUAGGACUGAGCAUUGCUCAAGCUCCAAUUCCUUAUUUUUUGAUGUAGCCAAACCUCCCAGAUCUGCCAAUCAUUUAUGUAUGACUAUAAUAUGACUACCCGGAAUCUGGAAAAGUCCAACAUCUGGCAAGGCUUAGGUCUAAAAGUUGCUGGAUUUCGGAGGGUGACUAACAAUUUUUCUCCACAUAAUAUACAUUUAGGGGUUUGUUCCCACAUCAUAGUUAGUUCUUUCUCCCUAGCAUUUAGUUAAUACUUGUAUUGUCUUGUUGUUUUCCCGCUCCCUUUACAUGUUUUGUAGCAAUUUCAUGAACACAAUGUUGUUUUGUAUUUUAAUGCUAGUGUUGUUUUCCUAGGUUCCUUCACUCGUUUUUAUCUCACUUGGGUUCGUGUGCGUUGCCCCUCCCCUGGAAUUUCUAUCUCCAUGCCUUUGCCUUUCAGGGUGUGGCUGCCCUUUCCCUACUUCCCAGGCUUAUUUGGUGUUGGGUUUUGUUGGAAUGAAAUACGCUACUUUCAGGGGUUCAUCUCCCCAUAUUGUCCCUCUGGGAAAUCAAACAGGCUCUGUUUUUGCAUAAUACAGAUUUUGGCAGCUGUUUUGCUUCUUUUGGGUCCCAUAUCAAGGUGUCCAUCUUGCUUACUUCCCUUCAGUCUUUUACUUGCAUCUCGACUUUCACACCCCUUUUAUCCAUUUUUCCUGUUCCAUCAUGGAAGUCAACAGCAAUAUGGGUCUCUGCAUGGUGGGUUUAAAUUCUGUGGGGACUGGGUUUCUCUGUUUUGUCGACUUUUAAGAGAUCUUUAUUUCUGUUACAUGGUUUCUCUGGGUUUUUUCAGAGUGUGAAUCACUUCACUUCCAGUGAUUAUCUUCCUGAUUAUUGUUUACCAUUCUUUUACUUCUUUCAAAGAAUCCUUAAUCAUGCAAUUGGCUGUCCACUGUUGGGUGAGACCUCUUACUGGGAGUUUUAAUGCCAGUUUUUCCAGUUUGGCUGGGGUUUUUCCUCUCAGCCUUUAGUUGUCCCCUCCUUGGCUGAUGUAUGGAGACUUGUCAUAGACUUCUCCUGUCUUUGUCAGCCUCUGGUUCUUCUUCAUUCCACCAGGAUGUUGUUUCUGUCACUUCAUUGGGCUUUCACACCUUGUCUGUGGGUGUCCUUGUUUCCCUCAGAUCCUUUCUGUGUUUUUGUAAGUAGUCACAAACUUCACUGGAUAUCUACCAGUGUGAGUCAUCCAAUCUCAUCUUUCUCAGGACAACUGGUUUCCAGCGUCUUUCUGUCUUGAUUGAUGGCACCUCUGCUUGGAUCCCUUGGUUCAUCUGGUCGUAUUUCAUUAUUUUCAUUGGACUGAAUCUGUUUGGUGAUGGGGCAAUGGCCAUCCUAUGGCUGGUGUUCUUCUUCUACCUCCUCAGGUCUUCCGUCUUUCACCGAUGCUUGUCUUGUAGGUGGUAGUACAUAUCUCAGUACCUUGGAUAUUUCCAGAUAUUGGGCUUUGGUGAAUCUGUGCUUCAUUUCUUAGUUUUGGCAAUCUUCAUUGUGCGUAGAGCUUUAUCUCUUAUCUUCCAUCUUUUAUGAAAGAAGGUGGUUUUCAUGCAUUCUGCCAACUUCUAUGUGGUCUUCUACAAGCAGGUGGGGCCUAAUUCUGGUUCCUUUCUUUUUGUAUCUGGGGUUACAACUUUUGGGUCUGCAUACACAGGAUACUGUUCUUGGUUUGCCAUCUUAUCAGUGUUUUGAAUCUAGUUGCAGAUUGGUUGUACCACCCGCACGUGAUCAUUCCCAUAGAGUGGUACCUCCAUCCUCCAGUUGUCUGGUGGUUAUGCUCUUGUCUGGGCAUUCAGUACAUAGAUGCAUUUGCUAACCAUCUGGGUGAUGUCCUGCCAUCUUUCUGGUCUUCAUUUCCUUGGCCUCUAGCUUUGGGUUGGUCUACCCUUUUUUCUAGUAUGGAGGGGCCUUCCAUUUUAUGCCUUCUUUCCUAUACAUCUCCUCCCCUAACAUAUUUCCUUCAUCCACACCUCUCUCUGGAUGGCUCAGUUUGACUGGCUCAGCCUUGGUUUCCCAUCCAGAGACCUCCACUGCCUGUUAGAGAGACUCUGCUUUCACACCCUUCUCCAUCCCAUCCUUUUCCCAUAUUUGUUCCCAGUCAGUUCUGGAUUGCAUUCUGUUUCCUGUGCAGGUUAUGUGGUGCUAUGUUUCUCAAAUGGCUUAUUUUCAUGGUCCUUGUUCCCCUUUGUUUCUUCCCUGGAGCCACUUGUUGUUUCAUGACCUUCCCUCAUCACCCUUACAGUUUGCUUACUCUUCCCUCUCUUCCAUAGGUUGUCAUCUUUAUCAUGUCCCCUCUCAUCUGUUUCAACACAUCACCAUUUCUUUGGUGACUCAUUUUUUUAUCCUCUGGAGGAGAUUGUUCAGGCCAAAAUUCCUCAUAAAUUUGUCUGUCAUUACCUGCUCCAUCUGGUGGAUAUCAUUUCCUUCCAGUGACAAUUCCCCAUGCUCCGGUUCGACUCUGUUUUGAGUAAGUGUAAUUUUUUUCUGCUAUUUGUUUCCAGGGGCUUCUCCUUGUGUUUUUAUUACAUAUUCAGAUCCCACUCAGUGGUUAGUAUUGCCUGGUCAGGUAUGUUCUACUUUAAAAACAAAAAGUAAAAACAGCACUUGCUCCCAUUAAGGUUGUAACACACACUUUUCAGAUGGGGUGUUCCACAAGACCACUAAUGGCUUACCUAGUGUUAUACAUACUUAUGUAUAAUUCUAUUACGUACUUGGCAGACCAUCACUCAUGUACCAUCAUAAGUAAAGCAAAAAGGGUUUUCUGCCCAGCCCUUGAUUGGAUAAAUUGGGGGUGAUCUGCUUUUCAAAAUAGGGUUUUGUGGUCACCCAUUGUACUUUCUCUGGUGGGUCAUUCUUUUAGACUCCCUACUGCCUUUUACCUUCCCUUCCUCUAGUGGAGUUUGGGAGUCCAUACCACUUUCCAGUUCCUAGCCACUGGGGUUCUGGAUCAUGGAGGCUUCUUCUGGAGUGUAGCAUACAUAUACUAACAUUAUUUAUCUCUAUACUCUCUUGAGAAGAGGGCAAAGCUAUAAACCCUCACUUCUUCUCCCUCCUGGGUUAUUGUUCUUGGAGGUCUGAUGUAGGAUGGAGCUAGACCAGCCACCACUGGUUUUAUAGUGCCCUGUUGAGACUGGUAGAUGCCCUGUCUCAGUAAUUCCGAUUGCAGGAUGGAUUUUUCCUGCUCUUACAAUUGAGCUCGGGGAACUUCAUCUGCCUCAUAAUGUUGGUUGUAGGAUGUAUGAUACCCUGUUCUUAGAGUUGAGCAGACAUUACACAUUGUACUCGUAAUACUGGGUGCACAUGGUUAUCUUCCCUGCUCUUAUGGUUUAGUGGAUCUUGUUCUUUUCCUGUUCAUAAUACCGGAUAAAGAAUGAAUUCCUGUUUUUAGAGUUGAUUUGAAAUUCACACACUGCCCCAUAAUUCCGGGUUCAUUAUGGUGUACUUCUUGCCUCCUAUGGUUGAUGUGGGUUGGUCCAGUCAUUGCCAUUUGCUUACUUCCUCAUAAUUACGUUUGCUUGCAGUAUAGCAGGAGUUUACUUGUGUGGGGCUCAUGUAUAUAUAUAUAUAUUGUUCAUGAUUUGCUCACCAUAGCCACAUUACAUUGUACAUACUCAUUUGAUUCUUCAGCACUGUAUUCCAUCUUGUAAUAUAAAGGAUGGGUAGUGGAACCUCAUCUGUCCUGUUAGGGUUGAGGAGAUUCUUGCUCCAAUGUUUUCAGAGGUCUUUCUUUUAUGGUUUGGUUCUUGAUGCCACCUGUUUUAAGGCACUUCACUUCUUCAAGGGCGAAGGGCAUACCUGUUCCAGAAGUGGUGCAGUCCCCCUCAUGUGUGCUUUUGUUCAAUUACCAAGCAUACUUGUUCAAUUUCCCAUGAAUGCUUUCCAUGGGGAGUCUCUUACUUCUAUGCUACACCAGUCCCUCCACCUAUUCCAUGUGGAGGUUAGGUGUAUUGUAUUGGAAGUUAUCAUUUUCUUACAUUGAAAAUAGAUUUCCGAUAGACACCUCCUCUCAUACACUUCCUACCUUUCCUCCCACUUCUUUUGUUUUUCUAUUAUCUGAUGUGCUAAUCUCAAAGUGAGGUACACGAAAUCUAAUAUAGAGGGAGCCAGCUGCUUCUCAUAUUGAUGGAGAGUUGUCUCAUGGGCUAUGCAAGCUGACUGAGCAGCUCGAACUGAGGGUGUAUAAAGGCUAGUGAGUCAAGGAAGAAUAAAUUUCUUUUCAAUGCAUUAGAGGGAAGAUGAAGAUUGGGGAAAGCUGUUGUGUGAGAUGAGGUAGGUAUCUAUCAGAAAUCUAUUGUCAUUGUAGCAAAAUGAUAAUAUAAAAACAUUCAAAUUAACCAAGAAUGUUUAGACACCAAGAUGUGAACUCAGUAAAUUCUGGUUCAUUAUAAAAACAACUGCACAAUAGUUUUAUAUUCUUAUAGAAAAGUGGGGCAUUUAUUUUUUAUCUGAUUGCACCAAUAGGUCAUUGUGUUGUGUUAUACAUAGUGGAACCUUAUCUAAUAAGCUUAUUGUCUGUUUAUGUAACCAGAAAUUCAAUACAUGGAAUAAAAAUAAGUACUUACAUGA